GUCAACUUGUCAAUUUGCAAGUCACUGACAGUAAUACCUCACUUAUACAUCUAAAUAACAACAAAUCCAAUAUCAUACUUGUAUGAUAAUACUUAUUUUAUAACAUUUAAAAUCCUAUUACAUCAUAAUGUCUAUUGGUACCGUUUACGAGAGAGCAUAUAAAGGAGAUUUUAAUCAAGUUAAAGUAAAAAUAGAUGAAGAUGCAUCCUUGGUAACGGUUGCGGAUUCGAAUAAUCGUCUACUUAUACAUUGGACAGCUUUAGGUGGUAAUGAAAAUCUAUUAGAUUAUUUAAUUGAUGUAGGAAGCCCCGUUGACUGUGUUGAUGACACAAACUGCACACCAUUAAUAUUAGCAUCUUCAGCGGGAAGAUUACAUGUGGUUAGGCUAUUAAUUGGUAAAGGAGCUAAUGUAAAUCAUAAAACAAAUCGUGGACAAUCAUCUUUACAUUAUGCUUGUUCAAAGGGACACAAAGAAGUAGCAAAAUAUUUGAUAGAAUCUGAUGCAAAUAUAAAUGAAGCUGAUAUUUUAGGUGCUACACCACUUCAUAGAGCUGCAGCUCAAGGCAGAAUAGAAAUAGUAGAACUUCUUUUAAAAUCUCCAGAUAUUAAAGUAAAUCUGUGUGAUUCCACUGGUUGCACCGCAUUACAUUUAUCAUGUGAAGAAGAUAGAGAGGGAGCAGCCUGUAUGUUAGUUAAAUCAGGAGCAAGUAUAGACAUCAAAAACAAAGAAGGGAAAACUCCUUUAGAUAUUUGCACUAAUAAGUUAAAAAAAACUCUUAUGAACUUACUGGAUUAAAGGGAAAUUGUGAAAAAAA